CGCGCCCGGCAAUUGAGCGCCAUCUUCGCCAGCACCAUGGCGGCCGCCGGCGGGCGGGGGGCGGCCGGACGCCGCCUUUUCUUCAGCCUGCUUUUACUUCUGCAGGUCGCCGGCCCGGCCCUGGGCUGGAACGACCCCGAUAGAAUAUUGUUGCGGGAUGUUAAAGCUCUUACUCUUCACUAUGACCGCUAUACCACCUCCCGAAGGCUGGAUCCCAUCCCACAGUUGAAAUGUGUAGGAGGCACAGCUGGAUGUGACUCUUAUACCCCAAAAGUCAUACAAUGUCAGAACAAAGGCUGGGAUGGUUAUGAUGUACAGUGGGAAUGUAAGACCGAUUUAGAUAUUGCAUACAAAUUUGGAAAAACUGUGGUAAGCUGUGAAGGAUAUGAAUCCUCCGAAGACCAGUAUGUACUUAGAGGUUCCUGUGGCUUGGAGUAUAACUUAGAUUAUACAGAUAUUGGUCUGAAGAAAUUGAGAGAGUCUGGAAAAAACCACGCCUUUAACUCUUUCUCUGAUUAUUACAAUAAGUUGUACUCUCCAAAUUCCAGUGGCAUCAGUGGAUUGAUUACUGUUGUGGUGCUACUUGCUAUUGCCUUUGGAGUUUAUAAGUUGUUCCUUAGUGAUGGUCAAGAUUCUCCUCCCCCGUAUUCUGAGUAUCCUUCGUAUUCCCACCGUUAUCAGAGAUUCACCAACUCUGCAGGACCUGCUCCCCCAGGCUUUAAGUCUGAGUUCACAGGACCACAUGGUGCAACUUCAGGUUUUGGAAGUGCUUUCACAGGACAGCAAGGAUAUGAAAAUUCAGGACCAGGGUUCUGGACUGGCUUGGGAACUGGAGGAAUAUUGGGAUAUUUGUUUGGAAGCAAUAGAGCAGCAACACCUUUUUCAGACUCAUGGUACUAUCCAUCUCAUCCUUCCUCAUACUCCAGCACAUGGAAUAGUCGUACUUACUCACCACUUCAUGGAGGCUCAGGUGGCUAUUCAGCAUAUUCCAACUCAGAGACAAGAACCAGAACAGCAUCAGGAUAUGGUGGUACCAGAAGACGCUAAGAAAGUAGCGUGGAAGUCAAACAUCGGAUGCAAAAUUUCUGAUUUUUCAUCACUUGUGCUUAAAAAAAGUGCUACCAGCUAACAGUUGGGGAAAAGGGGAUGUUUAGAAGUUCUGAUGUUUUUUCCUACAUAGUUUUUUAUAUUCUAAUAUUUCAGGCUAAGGGUUGUUCUAGGAAAAAAUGCUUAUGUAGAGAAUUGUAUGUUAGUGUAACGUGCGGGUGCAUAGUACAGUUUCUGAAAGUAGUGAUUACUGUGGAAUGCAGAAAAUGUAAUGUUUAAUUUCUAAAACCUGUGAUGCCAUAGAAACAUUAAGAAUGAAGGCUCUAUACCGAUAGACUUUGAGUAUAGAAAUUUCAGUCUUAUGUGGCUUUAGUUAAUGAAUCAUUACCUCAUAGAAAUAAUAAUUAUCUCUUUGGUAUUUAUUAUUUGCUGUCUGUUGUUCUUCAAACAUUUAAGCCAAGCUUUGGACUACUGAUUAGACUAAUCUAUGGGUCUUGGUCACUUUGGAGCUUAGGCGCUUUGACUCCUUUAGCAGUCUCGGGGCUCCAGUGAGAAUUACCUUUUAUAGUAAAGAUAGAAAAUAUAUACAACGUUGUUGUGAAUGAUUAUAUGCUGACAAAAAUGCUCAAAACAUCCAUAUUCAUUUGUGAGAUGAAGUUCAAAUACUUCAAUAAAGGCUUUUUAAAAGCAAAAGCAUGCAGUUCCCUGGAUGCUCAAGUAAUGAUGUGGUAGCAUGUUUCAACCAUAUAUUAAAAUGUCAGAAAAAAAUACAAACAAGGGGUUUUAUUCUUAUUCUUUCUGUCAGCCUUAACAUAAAUUGGGUUAUUUUUCCCCCAUUUCCCAAAGAAAAAGGGGCUAAUGCAGCAGUUCUGACUCUCUAGUUUCCCAUGGUAGUCUUGCCUUAGCUACCAGGCAUUUGGUAAGUGUUUUCAAAAAAGUAAUUUAGAAAUGCUAUGGAAGGAAGUCUCUACUAAAAAAGUGCUUUAGAAAAAAAAUUAAAUUUCCAAGCGUCCAUACCCUCAGUAGUUAAAAUUUGUAUAGAUUGGGCCAGUGAUAGUUAUCUACGUAUUAAAUUUGCUACUCUUAAAAUAACAGCCUGAAAUUUUUUUUUUUUAAAGAUUUAUUUAUACAAGAACUGGGGUAUAGGCCAGAUGCUCGGGAGGGUGAGAAAAUUCACCAGAGACAGAGAGGGGAACAGAACAGGCAGACAACCUAAAUACACUGCUGAGGGGAGCAGCGGGCACAGCAGGAGAGGUCUGCCGCGCCAUGUGGGAUUCUUGCCGGCCGGCUAGGAUUGAACCCGCACUGCAGAGGCUGCGGACAGCUUCAUAUGCAGCGCAGCGCUCAACCUGCUGCACCGCUGGGGAGGCCCUAGCCUGAGAUUUUUGUUCUUGAACCUGUUAUUGUCGGUCAUUGGAAUCUCAAGAAAAUGAGUGAAUAGGGAGUUGACUAAAUAGGUGGCUCUCAGACUAUUCUCAAAAGCCUGGGGUGUUCUUGAGGUUCUUUUAGAGGCUGCCUGGAGGGAAGGGCUGGAAAGAAGCUAAGUCUGUAGGGGUCAAGGUCCUCCCACGCUGUUAGUGUUCUUCUUUUACGUAUUGUGUGCUUAUACUUUGUUUUUAUUUAUGGAAAACAUUCUGAGGUAUCACUUCAGGAGAAUAAAUGACAGUACUGCUGGCUCACAUUAGGGAGUUGAUGGCUUAUAAAUAUGGGUUGAGGCAAGGGAAAAUGGGGGUACUUCAUUUGGGAAGGCAUAAAAAGGAGAGACAAAAGGAUGCUGAAGUCAAGUUUUACAGUUUUACUUACACGAGGGUUUAGAAGAAAUUUUUGGAUGUCAGGAUGUGAUUACUGACAUUUUAAAGAGUUAAGUGUGUUUCUAGAGUUUUGUGCAUGCUUCUCUCUAAAGCUCCUUGAUCUUACAUUCUGAUCCCAGCCCCAAGACUGACUUCAGUUUGCCUGUUGUUCUUCCAAUAACACAUUGGACACACUUUCUCCUGUACCUAGCACAUUGCAACAAAAUUAUCUUUUAAGUGUCUUUCUUACUACUCUGAGCUCCUAAGGGAGCUGUUUUCCUGACUGUGCAGCAAGGGCAUGGUCACAUGUGACUAAAUUUUGUCAAUCAGAUGCUUCCUCGGGGUUUCUUUGGAGGGAGUGACACAAAGCUCUCAGGAAAAUGAAAAGAUUAUCCCCACCAGUGAUAGAAUAGUCAAAGACUUAGCAGAGGUGUUGGUGAGUGUCUCUUGAGGGUCUUAGGGAGACAUUCUAACGGGGCAUUUGCUGUAGUUUCUCUGGGCUGGGUUGUGUGCUCCUGGAUGGCUAUGUCUAAAUCUUCCUCUCGCUAAGCCUGAGUUUCCAGCCUUCUCAUCAAUUUUGUGAAGCUAUUUGAUAUAUAAUAUGUUAAUAGUUUUUUUUCUGUUCAAUUCGGAAGAGUUAUUUUUGUUAUUUGCUACUGAGAACCUUGUACUUACGGUAAAUCUCUUAAGAUUCUUAAGUUGUAAGCAACAGAUACUGGCUAAUUACAAUAAAACACUGUGGUUGACUCCCAACAUCUGUUCCUCUCUGUUGAUUUG